GUUCACGCAUGCCGGAGUGAAUAGCUCGUGAUUGACCUUGCUGUCCACCGGUCGAGGCGUUUACGCGUCCGAGUCGGCGAUUCAUCAUGAUGGUUUCAUGAGCUAUCGUUCAGUAUUUCGUGCCGAAAUAUCUGCUACAUCUGCUACGUCCACCUUGUUGGAGUAAAUAACAGCCCCUCUAGGAUAGCCCGAUAGUUAAUAAGCACAAGGGAUGAACUAGAUAGGCACCGACAAUGAAAUCCCGCCAAUCCCCCUUCACGAUCCUCCUCCUCUCCUGCCUCUUGCUCCUCACAUACGUGCAUGCCGUCCAGCGAUCGCUCGCAGGCAAGAUCGACUGGCACAAGUCCUUGAUCGGAGUUCCUCGACAUGACCUAGAGGCUGGUUUUGUUCAGCUUCCUCAGGGUCGGGAUGGAGUGGUCAUGGUUACUGAGCGGAACGUCCUGGCCGUUCUGGGUGCACAAGACGGGGAGGUCGUUUGGAGGCAGGUGCUUGAGGCUGAGGAUGUUGUUGUCAGUUACGAGGUUGCAGACGAUGCGGUGAUCGUGAUCUCUGGACUCGGAACACCUAUCGUCCGCUCGUUCUCUUUGUCAACCGGGCACGUUCAGUGGGAAACGCUACUCAGAUCCACUUCCGGUCAACCAGCUCAGCAACUGUACGAGCCCCUCAACCUGGGGAGCAAGAUUGUCUUCUCGACUGAGGGAGAUGUCAUCGUCUUAUCUCGGGGACAUGCUGUCAACAGGCUGGAUGCCAAGACGGGGGACAUCAAGUGGACCUGGUCCGCUGAUGAGAAUGUGACUGGCUCAACCCAGGUCGACCUCGUCCUGGGCCAGGACGGCUUGACGGUCAUCUCCAUGAUCCAGUCGUUCGCCUCUCCGCAACUUGCCGUUACCAAACUCGACAGCACGACCGGUAACAUCAUCCAGGAAACCAAGCCCGUCAAGAUCAACCUUGCUUCACCCAAGGAUUACAUCGUUACCGAGUCGUCCAAGAUCCACUGGAUCGACGCGACGACUCAGCAGAUCAAGAGCGCCCUACUUGAGAGUAUUGACAAGCAGCUCACGAGCGGUUUGAAGGGGACGUACCAGAAGAUCCAGGAUAUCGGCCUCGCAUCGUCAGGAGUCUUUGCGGCCCGCAAUGCCGAUGGUUCGGAGGAUCUGAUUAGGAAGGAUGAGAAGAAGCCGCUCGGUCUGCAGGCUUUCAAGACCGACUUUGGGCAGGCGACUCUAUGGCAGAAGAGCGCGACGAGUGACCAGAUCAUACAGGGGGCCUUCACAGAAGCAGGUUUCAAGGUCUUGGUGUACAAUCCCCAGGACCUUUCCAAGACUACGAUCAUCAACGAUAUCGACCACGAUAUCGUCAAACAUGGCAAGAUCGUCAGCGCCAUCACCGGCCCCGCAUCAGAAAGUAGCUUGACCAUCGCCGUUACUUCGACCGGUAGCAUUCAAUGCUGGGCUCAAGGCGAAACCGGCUCGCGUCUCCUUUGGGCACGAGAAGAAUCCCUUAGCGAUGUCAAAACGCACGUCGUCGUCGAUUUGCCCGAGAGAAAGGUCGAACAGACCGGGGCGGUCUUGGAUCAAGAGGGAUUCAUGUCGAGAACGAUCAGGCACGUCAAGGAGUUGAUCUACUUACCUAGCUACGCUUCGAGCUUCGUCAGCCGAUUUACGAGCGGUAGCUAUACCAAGUCCCUCUCUUCGUCGCCUCUCCGCGCGGGUAACCUAUUCAGGGACCAAUUUGGUUUCCAAAAGCUCGUCAUUAUGGCGACCGUACAUGGUCAGAUCUACGCCGUCGACUCAGCACACGGGAACAUCGUCUGGAAGACUUCUCUCAAGGACGAUGCGUCUGAAUUGGAUAUAGUUGGGAUGUGGAACGUACGGAGCGGACCCGAGUUUGGGGCUCCGGUGGUAGCGAUCGUUGCCAACAAGAAUGCCGCAGGGAAGGGAAUAUCGACGAUCGCUUACCAUAUCGACGCGUUCACCGGCAAAUCUCUUCAGUUCGCCAAUGAUGGCUCGGACGCUUUAAGCGUCAAGACUAUUGCGGACGGCCUGGCUACUCGUGCCUUCCCCAUUCCAGUAGAUCACUGCAAGACUCACAUCCAAGCGAUCGCUGUCGUUGCACAAGACUCUCAGGUCCACUUCUUCCCCUCGUGCAACAAGAUCAAGUCCGGCUUCGCCAACAUUUCUUCUCAGACCUUUUUCCACUCGGCAGAGGGCAAGCUCGCUCAAACGUCGAUUCGAGGAUAUGCCAUCUCGAGCUCAGAAUCUAAUGUCUUUUCGGCCUAUCCUACGUGGGCGUUGCCCUUGGCCGCCGACGAGACCAUCGUCGACGUAGCUGAGCUCCAGCAAGGAGUCAUUGCGGCAUACGGUCGAGUCCUUGGCGAUCGUACAAUCCUUUACAAGUACCUCAACCCGCAUCUAGUUGCUUAUGCUACCAUCAGCAAGCAUGCAGGAGCUGGUACCGUAUACGUCAUCGAUACCACCAGCGGUGCGAUCGUUUACGAAGCGGGUAUAUCCGACGUCGAUGUUCGAACGGGAAUCCAGGUCAACCUGGCCGAAAACUGGCUGGUCUACUCUUACGCUGAGAAGGAGGUUUCGGGCAAGUCCAGUCGCGGUCAGAGACUGGUGUCAACCGAGUUGUUUGAAGGCGCUUUCCCAGACGAGAGGACUAACAGUCUCUCCGCAUCGACCCUGACGGGCUUGCCGAGCGCCCAUGCCAUAACUCGGACUUUUAUGGUUUCCGUUGGUAUCAAGCGUCUGGGUAUGACCAAUAGUAUGCACGGGAUCACAUACAAGGAUCUUAUCAUUGUGACCGAUCGAGACCAGCUCGUAGCGGUGCCCAAGAGGAUGCUGGAUCCUCGAAGGCCCGACGUCCCAUCCAAGCGAGACAAGGAGGAAUUUUUGGUACCCUACCAGCCUAUGUUGUUCCUCGACCCAAAAUGGACCAUCUCCCAUACCUAUGACGUCACCGGUAUCAACAAGGUCAUCACCACCCCCUCUCUCCUCGAAUCCACCUCGCUUAUCAUCACCACCGGUCUCGACCUGUUUGGCUCACGAGCAACACCUUCGGGGACGUUCGAUAUCCUCAGCGAUUAUUUCAACAAGACCCAAUUGAUGUUGACCAUCCUCGGUCUGGGGAUCGGGAUCACGGUCGCCAGACCGGCUGUCACGAGAAAGGUCUUGAAAGCACGAUGGUACUGAUGAGCCCCGGUACAGGCAUAGAUCGACGAUCUGGAUUGUGUGACUGCUUUGUAGCAUUAUCAAAUUGCAUAGGAUAGGAAUUCUCGGCGUUGCUCAUAUUCUUGCGUGCCAGAUUGUCUUCGCUCGCCCGUCUUUGAAGCCAGAUUUGGGUUACAGCUCGUCGAUUAUGAUGAUCGAAUAGGGUUCUUUGUACAAAAUGAUCGGUAAUACAAGCCUUAGACAUCUAUCCGCACAUUACAGUGACUGUGCAA